ACCAAACACGUGGUUUUCCACUUCCGCGUUUGCCUGCGUCGAGUCGACCGGAACACUUGCAGCCAUGAACAGCGAAAACUUCACACUGAGCGAGAAGAUGGUGCCGGCGUCGUACGUCCGACAGGCGAGUGAAGCUCGCCGCGGCCACGAGCAGCUCAUCAGGCGUCUGCUGGAGCAGGGGAAGUGUCCGGCGGAAGGGUGGAGCGAGGCCACCGUCGAGCUCUUCUUGAACGAGCUGGCCGUCAUGGACAGCAACAACUUCCUGGGCAACUGCGGCAUGGGCGAGCGGGAAGGCCGCGUGGCGUCCGACAUUGUGGCCAGGCGACAUUACAGGUUGAUCCACGGGAUCGGUCGCUCGGGCGACAUCGCGGCCGUGCAGCCGAAAGCCGCCGGGUCCAGUCUGCUCAACAAGCUGACCAACUCGCUUGCGCUGGACGUUCUCAAGAUGGCAGGUGCGAGGAGCGCGAAGAGCUGCUUUGUGGUUCCCAUGGCGACCGGCAUGAGCCUGACGCUGUGCUUCCUGACCCUGCGCCAGCGGCGGCCCGAUGCCCGCUACGUCAUCUGGCCGCGCAUCGACCAGAAGUCGUGCUUCAAAGCCAUGGUCACGGCAGGCUUCGUCCCCGUCGUGGUGGAGAACGUGCUGGAGGGCGACGAGCUGCGGACGGACGUGGAGGCGGCCGAGCGCCAAAUCUGCCGGCUGGGAGCCGAGAACGUCCUGUGCGUCCAUUCCACGACGUCCUGCUUCGCGCCGCGAGUGCCCGACAGGCUGGAGGAGCUGGCCGUCCUGUGCGCCAAAUACGACCUCCCGCACAUCGUCAACAACGCGUACGGCGUGCAGUCGUCCAAGUGCAUGCACCUCAUCCAGGAAGGGGCCCGUGUCGGACGCGUGGACGCCUUCGUCCAGAGCUUGGAUAAGAACUUCCUGGUUCCGGUCGGGGGCGCCAUCAUCGCCGGCUUUGACGAAGCCUUCGUCGAGGAGAUUAGCAAGACGUAUCCAGGUCGAGCGUCUGCGUCGCCUUCCCUCGACCUCCUCGUCACCCUCCUCACGCUUGGCGCCGGCGGCUACAAGAAGCUCCUGUCGGACAGGAAGGAGAUGUUCGCGCUCCUGACCGAGGAACUGAAGAAGCUGGCUUGCGCGCACGGCGAGCGAUUGCUUCACACCCCGCACAACCCCAUUUCACUUGCCAUGUCGCUCGACGGGCUCGGGGCCCGCUGCGGCGAGGCGGUGACUCGGCUCGGCGCCAUGCUGUUCACUCGCCAAGUUUCGGGAGCCAGGGUGGUGCCGCUGGACAAGGAGCAGACCGUCGGCGGGCACGCGUUUCGCGGGUUCAUGUCGCACUCCGACUCCUACCCGUGCCCCUACCUCAACGCGGCGGCCGCCGUGGGCGUCACCCGCGAGGACGUGGCGCUGUGCGUCAAACGGCUGGACAAGUGCCUCAAGACGCUGCGGAAGGAGGCGAAUGCGGUUGAAAGUCGCUCGCCGGCGCCGUGCCCACUUCCACAUUCAGAAAGUUCCGAAAUCCAGAAAUCUGCAAAUUGAACUCCCUUUAUAUUCCUCGGCAGCAAAAGCACGGCCAAAUGAUUGCUCGCGACCGUCGUCCGUAGACGGGAGAGUCGCAAGCAGAACUAAGGUCCCCUCCGAUAACAAUACGCAAUAGUAAUCCUUCUCUCGGUGAGACGACCGCUAUAGCGUUCCUGCUCCAUAAUGGUUGUAAUAAUAAGGGUCCAAGAAUAGAGCCUUGCUGAACCUACGGCUGUCGUGCUUUGUUUCCACGCCGCUUGCUUGGACAUAGCGAAUAAGAGAUGAAACAAAUGUAAUGUCAAAACGUCCGUUUGACCACUUGUGAUCGCAAAGGAGGAGUGGCUUGACCUUUUCGUACAUAAGAUUGAACCCACCACAGCCACUGCAAGUCAAGAACCAAUUGGAGAUAAACAUUUUCUCACCAUCGA